UUUCUCAUCCCAACUUCUUCUCUCUCACUUUCAUAGUCAAAUAUUCGUGUAACAAUAUUAUUAUUAUUCACGUACGUAUACUUUUAAUCUAGAUAUGGGGAAAACACCAUCAAUUGUGUCGUUCGGAGAGAUGUUGAUCGAUUUUGUUCCCGAUGAAGCCGGUGUUUCGUUGGGCGAAUCACGUGGUUUCAUCAAAGCUCCCGGUGGUGCACCCGCUAAUGUUGCUUGCGCUAUCACCAAGCUUGGAGGCACCUCCGCCUUCAUUGGCAAGGUUGGAGAUGAUGAGUUUGGAAAGAUGCUUGUAGACAUACUCAACAAGCAUGGUGUAAACACCGAAGGAGUGUGUUUCGACAAGGAUGCAAGAACAGCCCUAGCUUUCGUCACAUUGAAGCAUAACGGCGAAAGAGAAUUCAUGUUCUACAGAAACCCUAGUGCUGAUAUGCUCCUCAAAUCAUCAGAGCUCAAUCUCGAUCUGAUCAACAAAGCCAAGGUCUUUCACUAUGGCUCAAUCAGCUUGAUCACCGAGCCAUGCAGGUCAGCUCAUAUUGCAGCCAUGAAAGCCGCCAAAGAAGCCGGAGCCAUUCUUUCCUAUGAUCCUAAUCUUAGAGUAGCUCUUUGGCCUUCCCCUGAAUCUGCCAGGGAAGGUAUCAUGAGUAUUUGGAAGAAGGCUGACAUCAUCAAGGUAAGUGAUGAAGAGGUGGAGUUCUUGACCAAAGGAGAUCCAACAAAGGACGAAGUGGUGAAUACUUUGUGGUUCGAUGGACUGAAGCUUCUUCUCGUCACUGAUGGAGAGAAGGGUUGCAGAUACUACACUAAGAACUUCAAAGGAGCUGUUAAAGGAUACUCUGUAAAAACAAUCGACACGACCGGAGCUGGAGAUGCAUUUGUUGGCUCUUUCCUCUACUCACUUGCUAAGGAUUCUGCAAUUUUACAGGAUGAAGACAAGCUCAAGGAGGCGUUGACAUUGUCCAAUGCUUGUGGUGCCCUCUGCACAACUAUUAAGGGUGCUAUUCCUGGCCUCCCAAGUCUAUCUCAAGCAAUUCAGUUGAUGACAAAGGGAAACUGAUCAAAACCCUAUCAUCAUAAAUCCGAAAUACUAGUAGUUAAUAAACUAGUUUGUUUAAUGAAAUAAAAGGGUGUUUUCCCCUCUAGUUGUUUUUUGGUAGAUUGCGGAUUUAUACCAAGUUGUUAAGUUUUAAAAUUAAAUGGAAUGACUCUUUGUUAUUUUCACA